AUGAAACGCAUCGUUGCACCGAGGCGUUGGUCUCAACUAAACCGGGUGGAGCACCCGCCGCUAAUGAUGAAGCAGCUCUUUCAGGGCGUGUGCGGAGGACUGCGGUGGCUGGAGCUGAAGGAGCUCGCCGAACAUCUGGCGACGCGGGCGAUUGAGGACGGCUACCCAAGCACCAGCAGCGUGCGUCAGGCUCUGCAGGCGAAGAGGGCCCCACGGAGUAGGCGUCGGCAGGUGCGGGAGGAGAUGAGACGCAACGUGGCGGCAUCACUCCCGCUGACGUCAUCGCAGAAUGCGCUGACAGUGACGGGGGGGCUUUCGACAUGUUUGGCCAAACCGAAGCGGCUUGUGCUGUAUGACGUGUUGGACUGCACCCUCGGCGGCGGCUAUCACGCAGGGGCUGUGCUUGAGAAUGGAGGGCCGUACACACGCGUCGUCGCGUUGGACUGUGACCACGACGUCAUGCAGACCGCAAUGGAGCUGGUGGACGAGUUUGGCGCUGACCGUUUUAAAUUUUUUUGCCGUCAAAUGUCAGAAGCGAAGUCUUUGUUUGGUGAAAGGUCCUUUGAUGCUGUAAUGAUUGACCCUGGCCCCUCCGAGACGCAAUUGGAGAAUCCGGAGCGCGGGUUUCUUCUUGAUGACGAAAACAGUCACCAUCUUGACAUGCGUUACGGGCCACAGCUUGGAAUUGGCGCUCUUGCGUACCUCAACACAGUACCGCAGCACGCUUUAUCAGGUGCGUUGAGUGCCUAUGGUCUGCUUACACCUGAGCAGUCAAUGAAAAUGGCACGUGAGGUGCGGUGUCGUCGACCUUUCACGUCUUCACGGGACGUCAUUGGCUGCGUUGAGGCCGCCGGUGACAUGUUGCCUGAGGAGGUGUGGAGUACGCAGAGCAGUCGACGCAAAACGCCCAUGUCAUGGAAGUUUUUCACGUCGUUACGCUGUAUUUUGAACAAUGAGAUGUACGAGCUGCGAGAGGCUCUUGAGAAUGCGCUGCUACUGCUGCGCGACGACGGCCGUCUCGUCGUUUUUUCCCGCCUCAUGUGGGAGGAGAGGCUCAUUCAGAGUACCGUUGAGAGCCAUCCCCAUGCGCUCUUGUGCUACACGGAGGAUGUGCCUAUGGAGGAGGUGUGCGAGCACGGUUUUACACGGCACACAAAGAUGUGGGUUGCGUCACGCGUUGCCAAGUCAUCCUAUGCACUGAAAAACACCGUUUCUCUCACCGAGGAGAAGGUGAGGGAGAGUUCACUGCGUUGGCUAAGCGGCAUGUACGCUGGUCAGACGUAUGGUUUCCCUGCGAACAACUUCACCUUUGAAAACCUGGAGCCGAAGGAGCGACGCACACGGAGGCGGAAUGGCAAGCCACCACCGCCGGACUACGGGCUGGACGACAGGUAG